ACGCGUAUGUGCAUGGCAGGGGGGUGCACACCCACCCCCGAGCCUGCCCAGGGGCUCUCCCUACCCUGAGCACCUCAAGACGCUGCUGGAUGGAUCCCCAGGGUGCAGACACAGCCCAGGCACUGCAGUGGGCACCCUGUGACACCUCGGACCCAGCAGCCAGUGUCCCCAUGGCAUUGCGCCCAGCGAGCCCCACCGGCUGCCCCAUGGCUAGGGAUGGAGCCGGGAUGGGAAUGGAGAAGGGGUGGGUAGGGAUGGCCACGCUCUGUGCUCCCCAUGCCGGGUGCCCAAUGCCCUCCCUGGAUCCCAGCAGAGCCGAUGGAUGGGGCAGGCGGUUCCCGGUGGCCAGGCCGGGUGCCAGGGCACAUUCACCCCUGCAGGCGCCGCAGCGGCUGGGCUCUGUGCCAUCCCUCCAGCUCUGUGGCCAGCGGCCAGUGCCAGCGGGACAGGGGCUCCCGGGCUCCAUAAAACCCCUCAUCCCGGCACAUCGCCCCCAUCCCAUCGGCAUGGACAGCCAGCGCCUGUCCUCCUCCAGCCGCCGCUCCGGCACCGCCGCCCCGCUGCCCCAGGGAGCACCCCGGGCGCCCCGCAGCACCCAGCUGGGUCCCCGCAUGGGCACGGGCACGGGCAGGAUGGAUUUCUCGCUGGCCACGGCGCUCAACUCGGAGUUCAGGGAGGCGCGCGCCAAGGAGAAGGUGGAGCUGAUGGAGCUCAACGACCGCUUCGCCGGCUACGCCGAGAGGGUCCGGCUGCUGGAGCGGCAGAACCGGGUCCUGGUGCUGGAGCUGGACCAGGCGCGGGACCAGGAGCCCUGGCGUGUGGCCGGCGUCUACCGGGAGGAGUUGCGUGAGCUGCGGGGUCGUGUGGAGCUCUUGGCCGCCGCCAAGGCCAGUCUGGAGACGGAGAGGGACGAGCUCAGCCAGGACCUCGGCAGCCUCCAGCACAGGCUGCAGGACGAGGUGACCCUGCGGCUGGAGGCCGAGAGCAACCUGGCUGCCUACAGGCAGGACGUGGAUGCUGCUGCCUUGGCUCGCCUGGACCUGGAACGGCGCGUGGGGACCCUGCAGGAGGAGAUCUCCUUCCUGCACAAGGUGCACGAGGAGGAGCUGCGGGAGCUGCAGGAGCAGUCGGCCCCACAGCGGGUGCACGUCGAGGCGGACACGAGCAAGCCCCAGCUCGCGGCUGCCCUGCGUGACCUCCGCAGGCAGUACGAGGCCGUGGCCACCGGCACCGCGCAGGAGACCGAGGAGUGGUACAAGUCCAAGUUUGCAGACCUGUCGGAUGCGGCCGCCCGCGGUGCUGAGGCUCUGCGCGGAGCCAAGCAGGAGGCCAACGAGUACCGGCGCCAGCUCCGGGCCCUCUCCUGCGUCCUGGAGGCUUUGCGGGGCUCGAACGGGUCCCUGGAGCGGCAGCUGCGGGCGCUGCGGGAGCGCUGCGCGCUGGAGGCGGCCGCGCACCGGGACGCGGUGCUGCGGCUGGAGGAGGACGCCCGCGGCCUCGAGGAGGGGAUGGCGCGGCAGCUGCAGGAGUACCAGGACCUGCUCAGCAUCAAGCUGGCCCUCGACGUGGAGAUCGCCGCCUACCGCAGGCUGCUGGAGGGCGAGGAGAGCAGGAUCACCAUCCCUGGGCAGAGCUUCUCUACCCUGCAGAUCCGAAAGACCAGCCUGGACACUAAAUCCACGUCAGAAGCCCACGUGAAGAGGAGCAUCGUGGUCAAAACUGUGGAGACCAGAGAUGGAGGGGUGCUGAAGGAGCCCAAGCAGGAGCCCAAGGAGCUGGUGUAGAGCGGGUGCCUGCAGCAGCCGCACGCUUGUAGGUGUAGCUCCAUAGGUCCCAUCCUAUGCUGCGAGGGAGCCCCAGGAGGAGCUGGUGGUGCUUCAGUGGGGACAUCUCCCUCCCACCCACCCCUUGUAUCUCCCACAUCCUCCCCUGCCCCAGGGACAUCGCUGACACCCUGCUUGGAGCUGGCUCCCAGCAGAGCACCCGUCUGGCUGGGGAUGGACAGUACCCAAGGGGGGUGAACAGAACAGGGCAGAGCUGACGUUCCCAAUAGGGAUGCUACCACAUUCCCAUGGCAUGGAGGGGCUGGUGGAUUUGGGGCCUGCAUCCCACCUUGCUGCCCUCUGCCUGCCCUGGGAGGUCACCCCAAAUCUCCCCAGUGCAUCCAGACCCUGAGUACCCUUGGUGCUGGGGGGCUGCAGGGUGCAAGGUACCGGCUGGUCAGGGACGUUUCCCCAUCACCAAGCAUGGGGUGAGCUUAGCCAAGAGGUAUGGGCAGGAGGAAGAGGAGGAUGGAGAGGCAGGGUGCUGUCGGGAUGAUGUUAAAGGGGAAUGAAAUGAGGAUAAUGAGGGAUUCCUAGGGAUGAGGAUGGGAUGCUGGGGUGUCCGGGCUGCUCUGUGGGGCUGAAGCAGU